UUCGAUGCACAACAAUGAGGCAGUCCCUCAAAGAGUGGCCAGUAGAAUGAGCUUCUCACAGCACCAAAGAGCGACACAAGAAGAAGGAACUGAAAAGUUGAUUAAGAGAAAUACUGGCACCAUCCGCAAUAAUAUCUUGUCAAUAAUAUUAAUCUUGUUGUCAUUAUAUAUGUGCUCCUCAGAAGGAUUCUUCGGUAAAAAUUGAGGUCCAGACAUUCGAGGAUUCUUAAAAAUAGCUGUCUUCGUCAAACUUGGCAUCUCAAUCUACUUUGGACUGGUAAAUUACCUUGUACAAAAUAAUAAGGUCAAGCUCCGGACUGCAAAUCUGAUGAUCGCAGGUCUGUGGCUCUUAACUUUAUAUUGGCACUGGAUAGUACUUUCAAAAUUUUACUCAUCAAUUAACGACUGAAGGAAGGUGGCAACUUUGCUGUGGAUUAACCACCUUCUGCUCCUAGUAGACGCCUUCCUCAACUUCGGACUCUGUUUAUGAAUUUCUUGAGGACUCUGAAUUUUCUGAAUUGCGAUCUUAGUGUCCCUCAGAAGGGACGCCCAGAAGGCAAAAGCCAACCUUCAAAUAAAAGAUCUUCUCCUUAAUGCAGCUAAGUUUAAAAGAAGCCCAAGCGAGUACGAGGUCGGAGACUCAUGCCCUAUCUGCAUUGUAGAGUUUGCUGAGAACGAAAACAUCAUUUGUUUACCUUGAAAUAGGGGACAUAUCUUUCACUCAGAUUGAAUCGGUGAAUGGGUUCAAAGAAACAAUAAUUGCCCAAUCUGUAAAGCAGAAAUCACCCCCGAUAUUAUCGAAGGAGCUUCAAUGCAAGAUAUUCCUAUUGCUGGUGGAGAUCCUGAGUCUAGAUGUGAGGAUCUUGAUGAUUAACCUGAAGAAAGAAAGAUCUAAUCACCUAUUUGAUCAUUUUAUAUGUU